CCGUCAGGUUUGCUCGCGUUCUUAGAGUCGACCGAAGCGCCCCCUGCUACUGCCUUAGAAGAGGAGCGCGUGGAUGAGCGAGACAAUCUACAGCUGGUUCAACAGACUGUGAAACAACGCGCUCCUCAUUGGGAGGCGCUCGAGAGACAAGUGAAAUAUGUUGAGAAACAUUUAGAGCACUACGCAGCCCUAGCGCUCCAGCAUUGGGCACAAAAGACCGGGCGAGGUGCACCCAAUGCUUCAGGUCAGGGCAAAGAAGCGAGAGAGAGGCCCGUUGUGUUACGAAGGAGGAGGGAACGGCUCAAGUCUACCGCUAAUUGGCCGCUGUUCUACUACCAGUUUCAUAGAGACCAUGCCCUCCCAAACCUCAUAUGGAAUCACACGACUCGCGAAGAACUUCGUAACGCACUAGAGAGUGAGUUGCGAGCGUUUAUGUGCGACCGCGAGGCGGCCGGUAACACGUUGACUUCAUGGAAUCACGCCGAGCUGGAGGUCCACUACCAGUGUCUGCAAAACGAGGUCAAGAUUGGAGACUACUACCUACGAAUAUUAUUGGAACAACGUGAUAAUGAUGACAGCCCUAUACGAAAGUCAUACGAAUUCUUCAAUGACCUCUACCAUCGGUUUUUGUCAACGCCCAAAGUAGAGAUGAAGUGCAUGUGCCUCCAGGCUAUGAGUAUAGUAUACGGUAGAUAUUUUGAAGAUAUAGGACCCUUUGCAGACACUAAAUAUAUAGUACAAAUGUUAGACAGGACUUGCGAUAGAAUGGAGAGAGAUAGACUGGUUCAAUUUCUAUCAAAGCUUAUUCUACAUAGGAGGAACGUCAGCGAGAUAUUGGAAUGGAAUGGAAUAAGGAUUCUAGUGGAAUUGAUGACGUUGGCUCACUUGCACACGUCAAGGGCCACAGUACCGGCGCAAAGUAAUGUAAUAGAAGGGCCGGCUCAACAACAGGGCGGCGGAGAUCGCGAGUGGUAUUAUAACCUGGAACAGGGUGAUAAGGUGCAGAGGAUGGGCCCCGUCAGCUUUCAACAAUUGAAAGAUCUGUACAAGUCCGGGGAGAUCAACAACAAGACUAAAUGCUGGGCUAACAGUAUGGAGGGGUGGCGGGCCGUGGGCUCCGUGCCGCAACUCAAGUGGAGUCUAUCGGCGCGUGGCACCGCCGUACUAGACGAGAGCGCGCUCGCCGCCACUAUACUAGAUUUGCUCAUCACGUGCGCGCGAUACUACCCGAGCAGAGACGAAGAGGAUGCUGUGAUAAGGCCACUUCCCAAAGUGAAACGAAUGCUCUCUGAGCCCGCUUGCUUGGCGCACGUCGUACAGUUGUUACUCACAUUUGAUCCUAUACUGGUCGAGAAGGUGGCAACUCUACUUUACGAGAUAAUGCAAGACAAUCCAGAGAUUUCCAAAUUAUAUCUUACAGGCGUAUUCUACUUUAUGUUAUUGUACACGGGUUCAAACCUGCUGCCGAUAGCAAGGUUCCUGCGUCUCACACAUAUGAAGCAAGCGUUUAAAGCUGAUCAAACAAGUUCAGAUAUAAUGCAGCGGUCGGUUCUCGGUCAACUGUUGCCUGAAGCGAUGGUUUGUUACCUCGAGAACCACGGCGCUGACAAGUUCGCACAGAUAUUCCUCGGCGAGUGGGACACGCCUGAAGCUAUAUGGAACUCGGAAAUGAGACGUAUCCUGAUCAUGAAGGUGGCAGCGCACAUAGGCGAGUUCACGCCUCGUCUCCGCGCCCACGUGGCCGCCCGGUACCCGUACCUGGCCAUACCGGCUGUACGCUACCCACACCUGGAACGAGAGCUGUUCUGCAACGUGUUCUACCUGAGACAUUUGUGCGACACGCACAAGUUUCCAGAUUGGCCGAUACCUGAUCCGGUGGCAUUGCUGAAAGACGUAUUGGAGGCGUGGCGGCGCGAGGUGGAGAAGAAGCCGGCGUCGAUGACCGCGGACGAGGCGUACGGCGCGCUCGGUCUGGCGGGCGCCCACCACGACGAGGCGGCCGUGCGCAAGGCGUACUACCGGCUCGCGCAGCAGUACCACCCCGACAAGAACCCGGACGGACGGGAUCGAUUUGAAGCUGUGAAUCAAGCGUACGAGUUCCUUUGUAGCAGAAACGUAUGGACUGGUGAUGGGCCCAAUGCGAAUAACAUCGUGCUCAUAUUACGAACACAGACAAUACUGUUCAGGAGAUAUUCAGAUGUGCUAGCCCCGUACAAGUACGCGGGCUACCCGCAGCUAUUACGCACGGCACGCUUGGAGACGGAGGCGGAACAGUUGUUCGCUGUGGGCGACGCGCCCGCCCUCCUGCCCGCCGCGUGCGAGCUCGCGCACGCGACAGUCAGCUGUUCCGCUCUCAAUGCCGAGGAGUUGAGACGCGAGGGCGGGUUACAGGUGUUGCACGAGGCGAUGUCGCGUUGCGUGCCGGUGCUGUCGGAGCGCACGCGGCCCGGCGACAUCGGCGCGGCGGUGUGCGCCCACUGCGCGCGCUGCUUCGCCGUCGCCGCCACCUUCGAGGCGUGCAGGGACGUGUGCGCCGGCAUGCCGCUACUGUGCCACGAUCUAGUGCCGUUGCUCAGGAGACCGCACCUAGCGGAUUGCGCUUGUGCGGGCGCGGAGGCGGUGGCGGCUUUAGCAGCGUCGGCCACAUGUCGCGCGCUGCUGGCCCGCGCCGGGGCGCUGCACGCGCUGCUGCCCGCCGCGCUGCAGUACGAUUACACGCUCACCGAGUCCGGCGUGGAGGCCGCGCCGCAAGCCAACAAACAGGAGGAAGCGAACCGACUCGCGAAGCAGUGUGUAAUAGCGUUAGCGGCAAUGUACGGUCCGCACGAAGAGCAAACGCCGAUUGAUGAGCUUAUACGUGAUGCGCUGCACAUCUUACUUACACCGUAUCUUUGUAAACGACUGGCGGAACCGGAUCAACAUGAAUUGUUAAAAACUCUAACGUCGAACUGGCGGAAUCCUUAUUUAGUAUGGGAUAACAGCACGCGUGCGGAACUACAGGACACGUUACGGAAUACACGAUUGUCUGAUGAAGAGGAUGCUCCAUUGGUGGAACCGUUCGUUUACUCCGCACAUGAAGGGCUCGUGUGCGUUGGUGGUGUCUACAUUGAUAUUUACAAUGAGCAACCUGAUUGGCCAGUGGAGAAUCCGCAACAGUUAAUUUUAGACUUACUGAAGUUCAUAGAAGAACAAACCAAAAUGGAUAUGACGCCGGAGAGAGUGGAACACCUAACGUUAGCACUCACUGGUAUUGCUAAUGUCAUUAUCAAGAAUCCGGGUGUAGAAAUCCAGUGUAUAGGACAGUUCGGUCUGAUCUUCGGUCUACUCUCGGCUCGGUCGCAGCCUAAACUCCAAUCGGCCGCGCUGCAAGCUGUCCGUGCGGCCGCGGGCAGUCGGGAGUGCGUGGAGGACAUAGCGGCUAGCGCAGUACUCGGUCACCUUCUAGCGCUGUUGCCGCUGGCUCGUGUAGCCGGGCCUGAUGCGGCGGCCGCGCUUGCAGCGCUCGCAGCGCUGCUGGCUAACACGGCCCUCGUAAGAGAAGCACUCGCGAAGGGUGGUGUGAUAUAUUUAUUAGAUCUGUUUAGCAAUAGUAAAGUCCCUGAAACGAGAGAGGCUGCGGUAGAACUGUUAGCGCGCAUGAUGGCUGAUAAACUACAUGGUCCUAAGGUAAGGCUAACGAUAUCCCGGUAUAUGCCCGGCGUGUUCGCUGAGGCGAUGCGCGAGGGGGCGGCGGCGAGUGCGGUGCACAUGUUCGAUGCCCAACAUGAACACCCCGAACUGGUGUGGAGCGAUGAUACCAGACUCAGGGUCGCUAUGCAUCUCGCGCAGCUACGAGAUAGGCAUCAGUCGACGCAACUCCGCGAUCCUAAUGCAACAUUCGAAGAUCGGGAGACAAUGGAGCGAGCCGCUAAUGGAACGGCUGGAGCGGAGUGGGCUCCCCCCGGGGAGGUGGUGGUGGGGGGAGUAUACUUGAAGCUGUUCCUGCAACAUCCGCACUGGGCCCUGCGCAGUCCCAAGCGGUUCUUGCAGGAAUUACUUACGGAGACUCUAUCCUCGCUAGCUAAAGAUUCUUCAGAGGGCAGCCGCGGUAGUGUGUGCGCGGCGGCGCUGGCGGCGCUGGUCCGCGCGCGGCCCGCGCUGGGGGAGGCGUGCGCGUCGCUGGGGGAGCUGCCGCGGCUGGCGCGCCUGCUGCCCGCCUGCCCCGACCACUGCGUGCCCGUACUGGCCGCGCUCGUACACACGCAGGCGUGUGUAGUGGCGUUAUGUCAAACGGACGUGAUGGCGGGUCUGAAGGGCGCUAUAAAGGCGAGCCGCGAUGUAGUCGGCUGCGCAUGCGAAGCUCUCGCCACCAUAUUCAAUACUAACGUCAAUACGGACCGGCUCGUUUCACAGGCACUGGAAACGGAUCUGAUCUCGGAACUGCUCACGCUGCUGGAGGGUCGUCUCGAAGGGCACACGGCCGCGCAGUUGGUGGGUGCUCUGAAGGCGAUGUCGCGUUCUCCGGCGCACGGGGAACGCGUCCGCUCGCUGCUGGCGCGUAGCCGCGUGUGGCAGCAGUACGCCACGCAGCGGCACGACCUGUUCAUAUCCGCCCCCGCGCCGCCCCCCUCCCUCACCGGUGCUCCACAUACAGCGGGUUAUCUAACAGCGCCGCCGUCGAACAUUCCCGCACAGCCGCCGCCAAUAGAUUGA